UAAAAAUCCCCCCAAACGUGAUUAACAGUCUUAAUCAUGUAUUUAAAAUUUCUAAUAAUUAUUUUAUUUUCAAUAAUAAGUGUUAAUUCAGAAUUGCGUGACAUAGAAGAAAUGUAUUUGAACUUUUUUGUGCAAAUGGAAAGUGUAAAAAAAUCUGUUGAUACAAUUAAAGUUCGCUUAGAUGUUUUAAGUGAAAAAAACCCGAGCAACAAUUGCAAUUCUAUAGACAGCAAGUUUUUGCAAGUUUUUCAAAAUUUUGGUUAUGUUAUAAAAUCUUUAGAUGAUUUAAAUAAUCGUUUGGAUAACGCUUCUCAGAAUGAUAGAUCUAGUCAUCAAGAGGUUAAGUAUAACACGGAGCAAUAUGAAGUUUUACAGAAUGCUUUUAUAAAGUCAAUAUCGGAAAUAAAAGCUAAAUAUUCAAUCCUACUGGAUGAGUUGAAUGCAGUUAAAAAAUCGCAGGAAAUGUAAGUGUAAUAGUGUACCCACCAACAAAUUAAUUCUUUUUCAUUUAUAACCUACCA